AUGCAAUUCUACUCUCUACUCAUUGCUACCCUUGCGCUGGCCAUCGGUGUCCAUGCCAUUCCCCAAGAUGCGGAUGACUCUACCUGCCUCCGUCUCUGCAGGGAUGAGCCCGUCGAUUGUCCUGACAACUGGAAGUCUGCUCAAAUCACAUCGGACGGCCAGGACUGCUGGACCUGCUGCGCCGAGUGA